AUGAGCGCUUCCGGUCCGAUUGAUCGUUCAAAAGUGAUGCGUCUACUAAUUCCAGCAUUAGUAUUCAAUAUGAUUGCAUUUACAUCUAUUUUGCCAUUAUUUCCAACAAUCCUCAAUUAUUAUUCAAAAGAUGGACAUAGAGUUAGUACAACUUAAAUCAAAUUUAUUCAAAACCUUAAAUUUUUAGGACUGGUUAUAUGAUAUUAGUGUGAAGGGAUUGAAAUGGUUUCAAGAAUCAAUUGGUGUACCACAUAAUGAAAGAUAUGAUAAAGUAUUUUUCGGUGGGCUUCUUGGCUCAUUAUUCAGUGCUCUUCAAUUUAUCUCAUCGCCAACUUUGGGUGCUUUGUCAGAUAUUUAUGGAAGGCGAGCAAUUAUUAGUUUGUGCUGUGUGGUGACUUUGAUCUCGUACAUGGUGAGUUGAGUUUUUGAAAUCUGGCAGACCAGUGGCCCAAGAAUUUUUCAGUUACCUUCCUCUCCCAAACGAAAUUUGUUAAAAAGCUCACCCCUCUUUUGUUUUCUAUUGAUUUAUCCACCAAACAAUACAGUAUCUUCAAUAUCUUUGUUUUCCAAAAAUUGAGGGCCCUACGUUCAAAAACUUUUGAAAAGUCUAGAAUCUUUCGAAAUUACUGCUUAUUUUUUAUACAAGUAUGAAUGGGUUUUUCAUUUUCAAAUUACAAUUAAUCCCCACUUUUUUUCCUUUCUGCCUUCCUUCUUACCUCAAAAAUUCGGAACAUGAUAAAGAAUACAAUCAUGUUUGCUCAAAAACGUCAUACUUCCCCUCCUACCCAUGUUCUUCGAUCGAAAAAAAACUUGUCAAUAUUUACCUUCUCAAAAAUAAACACAUUUUACAGAAUUGGCUCAAAGCUGAUACAUUUGCAUAUUUUGUCCUUGCUCGAAUUCUUGGCGGAUUAAGCAAAGGAAAUGUAAAUGUUGCAGUUUCGAUUGUUUCUGAUGUUUAUACUCCAGAAGAGCAUCCAAAAGGGAUGGCUUUGAUUGGAAUUUCAUAUUCUGUUGGUUUUCUUGUUGGUCCUAUGAUUGGUGCAUAUUUCUCAAGUAUUGCUCCGGAAAAUGAGCCUUUUGCAAAUCCGGCUAUUUUUUCGAUUGUUCUAACAAUUAUUGAAUUUGGUUUCUUGUUUUUCCUCCCCGAAACAUUACAUUUCAAAGAGCAAAAAAGUGUGGAAUCCAUUAAGAAAACUCGCAAAGAAUUGAUAACUCCUAGUGAUCUUUUUCAAUUUUCUGCUGUCAAGGCUCCAGUUAACAGUUAGUUUUUUUCAAUUUUGGGUUGAGGAUCAUCGUAUUUUUUUUCAGAAAAACUUGAGAUGCAGAAAAUUGGAAUCAUCUACUUCAUUUAUCUAUUUCUAUACUCCGGUUUGGAAUUCACAUUGCCAUUUUUGACUCACUUACGAUUCGAUUUUGGAAGGUAAGAAACAUAUUUUUGAAUUCAAUUCAAAAAUCAAUUCAAAAAAACUUAUGAAAUAUUUUCAGCAUGCAACAAGGAAAACUCUACCUUUUCACCGGUUUAUUAAUGUUACCAAUUCAAGGUAGAUAUGUUCGAAAAACCCCCAUCGAAAAACAAAAAGCAGUUGCUGAAUUCGGAAUUGCUUGUAUAAUACCUGCAUAUUUGUUAGUCGCAGUUGCUCGAACUCCGGUUGUCCUCUAUGCAGGCCUUUUUUUCUAUGCUAUCGGUAUGUAUAAUAAUAUUAUAAGCAUACAUAUUCUUUCUUUUUUUUACAGCUUCAGCAACUGUGGUGACAUGCUUAACAUCUUUGGUGCACAUCGUUCAUCCAGAAAAUGAAAAAGGAGUUUUGGCCGGAAUUUUCAGAAGUCUGGGAUGUUUGGCAAGAGCCCUUGGUCCAAUCAUUGCAUCAACCUGUAAGUUUUUCCAACUGAAAAACUCUUCAACAGUGUUUUUUUUUCAGUUUUCUGGUUGCUUGGAGCCACUGCAUGUUACACCAUUGGCGCAAUUAUGUUGACUGUCCCAUUGAUUCUCCUCAAAAAAUUGGAUAACCCAGCGAAAAUUCAAGAAGAUAACAAGAAAAUCAAUUAA